AUGCUGGAUAAAGUGGAGAGCACCUUGAUGCUCAUAGCAGCUGGAGAAUUUGCAAUGGGGAUUUUAGGGAAUGCAUUCAUUGGAUUGGUAAACUGCAUGAACUGGAUCAAGAAUAGGAAGAUUGCCUCCAUUGACUUAAUCCUCACAAGUCUGGCCAUAUCCAGAAUUUGUCUAUUAUGUAUCAUACUAUUAGACUAUUUUAUACUGGGGCUGUAUCCAGAUGUCUAUACUACUGGUAAAAAAAUGAGAAUCAUUGACUUCUUCUGGACGCUCACCAACCACCUAAAUGUCUGGUUUGCCACCUGCCUCAGCAUUUUCUAUUUCCUCAAGAUCGCGAAUUUCUUCCAUCCCCUUUUCCUCUGGAUGAAGUGGAAAAUUGACAGUGCGAUUCCUAGGAUCCUGCUGGGAUGCUUGGCCUUCUCUGUGUUUAUUAGCCUUGUUGUCUCUGAGAAUCUGAACGAUGAUUUCAGGUUUUGUGUUAAGGUAAAGAAGAAAACAAACACAACUGUGAAAUGCAGAGUAAAUAAAGCCCAAUAUGCUUCCAUCAAGAUUUGCCUCAACCUGUUGACGCUAUUCCCCUUUUCCGUGUCCAUGAUCUCAUUUCUCCUCUUGCUCCUCUCCCUGUGGAGACAUACCAGGCAGAUGAAGGUCAGUGCCACGGGGUGCAGGGACCCCAGCAUAGAAGCCCAUGUGGGAGCCAUGAAAGCUGUCAUCUCCUUCCUCCUCCUUUUCAUUGCUUACUAUUUGGCUUUUCUCGUAGCCACCUCCAGCUACUUUAUGCCAGAGACUGAAUUAGCUGUGAUGAUUGGUGAGUUGAUAGCUCUCAUCUAUCCAAGCCAUUCAUUGAUUCUAAUUCUGGGGAACAAUAAAUUACGGCAGGCGUCUCUAAGGGUGCUGUGGAAAGUAAAGUGUAUCCUAAAAAGAAGAAAUCACUAA